AUGGGUAACCUUCUGACAACACCUGACCGAGAGGCUCGUGUAACUUCAGCCCGCGCUGAGGACUUUGCGAUCACGACGCCAGGGACAUUCGAUGAAGAUCCUGCCACCUUUACUAAGAACCAUAUAUGCCUUAAGUCCGCGCUAGAGGCUAUAAUAACCAUGCCAUUGAGCGAAGUGCCGUCGCCUCCACGUUUCAAACACUGCGCACCCGUACGACCACCCAAUAGCCCUGAAACCGAUCGAUGGUCAUUCCAAGGAUCGUCGCGAUCUGGAUCUGCACACUCACCACCACCGCACACCAAGCGUUAUGAUACACCUAGCGAUUCCGGCUCGUACACAGACAAGUACGCGGACAUGAGUUCAGACUCGGACUUCUUCCAACUCAUAGUUGGACCAGCUGUUGACAUAUUCGUCGGCCCUGAGGAAGUACAUUUUACCUUACCGCGUAAACUCCUCUAUUAUCAUUCGAGAUUCGCGGAGCGCGCUAUAGAAGGAUUCUUCCGCGAAGCCUCCGAGAAGGCGCUUAGGCUUCCGCAAGAUGACCCCGAGGUCUUCUACUGGCUGGUACAAUGGAUGCUCCAAGGAAACCUUGAAAUGGUGGAGCAACUCCGACAGAAAUAUCAAUGGAAGAACGGUAGACAGGAUUGGCGCGAAUACGCUUGCCGUCUCCUAUGCCGGCUUUGGAUUCUUGGCGAUAAGAUUCUGCAUGAACCCGAGUCGAGCAGAAGAUGGCCUGGGAUAUCUUUUGCUUGGAGUAUCCGUUGGGGCUUGCAUGACUUGUUUUGCGGCGCUCAGGACGAUAAUUUGCGAACACCCUUGAUACCAGAUAUUGUCAUUGAGGUAUGGCAGAAUACCAUGCCGGACAUUGAAGAGCCCGGCAAGCAUCGGUUUGGACCUCGAGACCGGAGCUUACGCCAGAUACUGUUCGACGAGCUCUGCGAUUCACAUUUUCACAAAACGGGAGUCUUUGACUGCUCGGAGUACUCCAAGUGCUUUAUGUUGGACGGUGGCAAGUUUGCGGCGGAUGUGCUUGCGUAUCUCAUGCGUUUUGCCAAUAUGAAUUUUGAUGAGCGAAAUGUAGAAAUGCAGUGGGAUUGA